AUGCGUCCUGUUAUGCAACUGCUGACCUACUAACAUACAUUUCUAAACAGAAGCAGCGAGCGGCAGGAUUCUGGAGCUCCUCGCCAACACAACAAGGAACCAGGGCAAGAAUACACGGGCUGCGCACAGGACAGCAACCGCAGAGCCAGUAGCGGGUGGGCAUCACAAAGGCUGGACAACCAACGGACCGCAGAUAUUUUAGAGACACGCACAAAAUCCACAAACGCUGUCAAACAGCCAGCUGGAGGCUUUGAGCGCGACACCCUUCCCCAAGAGGCUGACAAGCUGGGACAGACCAAGUGACCUAUAUCGUUCAACAAGCCUGUGGCACUGGGACACUUCUGCCAUCUUAAAAGAGCCUUGUUGUUCCUACAUCAGGAUUGUAUUGCCCAUCUUUUGGUCACUGGAUUGGAUUUGACUCCAAUGUGACUAAAAUCACAAAGUGUAAUAGAGGCAGAACAUGUAACUCAUUGUGGAAUUCUUUGGUUUGUUAAAUGCAGAAGACUCAUAAAGAGGUGCACCUGUUCUUGCUCUUCUUAGCCAACUUGGACACUUAAUCAUCAAGGAAUACUAACUAAUAACUAAAGACACACUUCAACAAAAUCAAUGAGGUUCAGCUUUCCAAUAGCGACAAUACCUCAUAAAUGUUUCACUGAUCCUGCAACUUAGUCGAAUUGUACGUAGGGAGAUCUUACAGGGAUUCUUGUAGGCGCCUUUCCCCUUUACCCCAUCCCUGUUUUUUCAUUCAUUUCCAUUACCAGUGGUAGAGCCAAGAUCCCAAACUGGCUUCCACUGAGGAAUAAUGGAAAGUUUAAACUCACAAAUAUCAACAAAUUCCAGUGUAGGCAAAGACUUAGAGAACUCCCAAAACUUUCCAGGCUACAGCGACCUUCUCCAUUCACCUGAAAACAACCCUCGUCAGAGCCGCCUUCUCAAGCCAAAGCCAAACAUGAGCUGCCGCCGCAAACGCGAAUUCAUCUCUGAUGAGAAAAAGGACGCGUCCUACUGGGAAAAGCGACGCAAGAACAAUGAGGCAGCCAAGCGUUCCCGGGAAAAACGCCGCCAGAAUGACGUGGUCCUAGAAAACAAAGUUAUGGCAUUAAAUAACGAGAAUGUGCGUCUGAAAACUGAGCUUUUACAGCUUAAGCUCAGAUUUGGUCUCAUUACCACAGCAUCCUACAUGGAAAAGAGUCAGCAGAUUGGUGGAUCAGUCUAUGGAUCGUCUGGAUGCAACUCCAUAUCUUCCUCUACCACCAGUCAUUUCUACCCCAACGAUUACUCCAAUAUAUCUCAGAUGCUGAUGAACUCUGAUUCUUCUGAAACUGAGCAGUCGGUUCGAGGUGAGGGGCAUGUGAAGAUGGUCAAAUACUCCCCACGGGGUUCCCUCUCGGAUAUGUCUGAUGGCUCCUCACGGGACAGCCCAGAGCCAAUGAGUUUUGACAUCAAGCAGGAAGGUGUGGGACUAGAUAUGGACAUUGUCAGUAGCACCACCACACAGAUCAUGUUCAACAUCCAUUCAAGGUUGCCUGAAGUACUUCACCAGAAAUCAUUUGAACCAGAAUAUUUCAGCAAUCAACAACACCACCAGGAGAUGGGUUUAAGUCCUGUGGUCCCUCAAUCCGCUCAAAGAAGUGUCAUCCUUUACCGUUCUAGCAGUGCCUCACAUCCUGUUAAAAGGCAUGAGACUCAAGAUAUUAUUCAGAAACAACAGCAGAACCUUCCUCAUCCUACAGAGUUACUAACAGGAAGUUCCAAAAGCUUAAUGGAAGUGGCAAAACAGUUAGAGAGGAAAAUGUUGGACUCUCCUGCUUAUGACUAUGCAGAUAGUGAAGCAGCUGAGAGCCAAGAUUGCGGGGUCCAGCAACAGACCCAGAGGGCUGAUGUUGCUGCUCUGGAGCUUCUACUAAGACCAGAGGAGGGAGAUGAACCACAAAUGUGUCAUCAUUCUAAUGGCACCCUAGAGGACAAUGAGCCACCAGUCUUGACCUAUGAAGGAGCCAUGACACAUGAAGGGUACUAUCAGGCUCACUCAGGAAAAGACACUUCCUCAACUGAUGGAGAUCCCCGUAGCUCUGAUAAAGAGGGCUCCACUGAUGAUGAGUCACCCUCUUCCUCUUGCUCCGAUACAGGUAGCUACUGCCAUCACAUGUUCAUGACCCUGAGCGCCUUCUCACCAAGCCAAUGCAAAGAUGGCUUAGCGGAAAUCAAAGGCAUGGCGCUGCCCCACAAACUGCGACUCAAGCACAGAGCUCAGAGUAAUGGCAGAGUAACAUGUCAAGAAUUGCCGACAACACCACCUGCUAACAUCCAACCAUUACCUCAACACCCUUACUUGGCCUUGUCUCAACCUGGCCAGCAACAACAGGUUGGCAAAGAGAUGGACAGCCAGUCAAGUGCAGGGUUUUACAAGCAAGCCACCUCAACAGAGGGAGGAAGGAUUGAAUGUGGAAAUGAGGAAUCCAUUGCAUAUAACAAGAGACAUGACUGACUUUGGUACUCACUGAGGGCAGCAUGAAGACAUUAGAUGCCUGUUAGGCUUUGUACAAAGCCCUGAGAGACUUUUUAUGAACCCAUUUCCCCUUUAUCUGGAGGUCCUACCUAGAUCCUCUAUCCGCACCUACAGUAUUCUUUAUUUGUAUGCCCAGAGAUGAGAGGGCUGGACAUCUUCAGGGCAGAACUUUUAGAUGGAUUGUACACUAAUGUAUAGACUCACAGUAUUUGUUUGUUUCUUUUAAUCUCCUCUUAAGCAGGACAUUUACAAAUAAAUGAAAUAAGAGGAAAAAUUUGUUUUGAUCACACUUGCCCAUAUUUCCAGUGCUGCAGCAAGAUGUCAAUGUGACCGUGUACAAACAAUUCAACAGCAAUAUCUACCAUUUGUGAGGCAUUGUAAUGGAUACUUGUAAAUAGGCAACUUCAAGUGCCCCUUUCAUAGUUUUUGGCCACUUUUACACACCUAAAAAGUAUCUACAGGUGGCUGUCCAUCAUCUUUAAACAUACCAAAUGCCAUAAGAUUCAGGGAAUGUUCCCUUGACCAAAGAAACAUGGCUUCAAAUUCAAGUCUCUCUCUCUUUGCUCCCUACCUCUGUUUUUCUAACUAGUGCUCCAUUUCCUUUCCCAUGUUCAACAACCCUGCUACUAUAUUUUUUUGUCCAAGCACUUGGUUUGUAAAUAAGUGUGAUAUACUUAUUAGAUAUGAAUAUAUUUUUAAGAAGAAAACAAAAAGAUGACAUAAAAACACAAAAAAUUAGGAAAGAGAGAAAUGCUAAUUUGUCAUUGUCAGAAUACUGUACGAUUUCAACGUGUUUGCUGUUUAAAACGCCACUUAAUAUAAAGUAUUGUUUUUUUAACUUAAAUUUACAGACAUUUUUUAAAUUUUUAUUCUCAUUUUAUAGGAAAAUGACAACAAUGCCCCAAAGCCUUUACAGAUAGAUUACCAGGUUGAUUGAAAGUUUGACAUCAAAGAUACUAAAAACAUGUUUUCAUUGUGGUUAUAGCUCAUUAAAAUGUCUUGUAACACUACUAAUUAUUUCUCAGAUAACGCUUAGUCCUUUAAAAGAAUGAAAAAUUACCAUUUCACUUGCCCUUGUAUGUAUCCUCCCUAUUUAUUUAUUUCUGCACACACUGAUGUAAAAACAUGUCACAUGAAACAAUCCAUAUGAAAGGAAUGUUGUGGUCACAAUCUCCUUAGCUGGGGUUUAUAGGAGAACUCUACCCUGCUUACAUCAGUAUAAAUGGAUGAUUGCUAGCAGUAUCUUUGACCCAAUGCCCUUUAAGCAUUUGAAGACCACUUGUCUUACACAUGUGCCUCAAUUUAGAGUCACAAACCCUAAACAAGUCUGCAUGUCAGGUCAACUUAUGGCACUUGUGUAUAAAUGUAAAAUAUUUCCUCACAACACUGUAUUGUGCUUUUUUAAAUUAUCUGUUUGGGGGCCAAGUGUUGUCCUUUAUCACUAGCUGCAUCUUUACUUCCUGUUUACUGUGAUUAUUUAAUUGUUCAUCACAAUGUCACCUAUCCUCUUGUCUUUUCAGUGUGUUUCAAGUGAGUUUUUUUUGUUGUUGUUUUUUUUUAUACAUUUUUCAAAAUGAAAAGUAGAAAAGCAGGCAAGGCUUGUUUUGUGUUAUUGAGUGGACAGUGACACUGCUGAUCUGUUGCUCUGUUUUUAAAUGGAUGCAUAUAGUAAAAACACUAAUAUUCAAUGAUAGGGUUGGGUGCAUUUAAAAAAAUAAAUAAACAAAGGAU